ACUGCUCGUGGCACAAUAAUUAAGCUUCGUCCCUUUUCUCCACCCCUCACUCGCUGUCUUUUUUUUACUGUAUCUGUGUUUAUCAGACCGCAGAAGUGCAUCCGUUGAGUCAACCUCAGUCUACUAGAGCCGUCUCUGGCGCAGGGACAAAACGGAAGAGUAUAAACGCAAGAACUCAAGCGCGAACCGGGACAGAGACCUGAUGAUUACAACCUCAGACGCCUUUUUAAAAUGAACAGGGGAAUGACAUUGAUCUUGACUACGAAAAUGAACAUCAGAUAAAGCAUUAGAACAACCUGCACCCUUUACCUGAUGCCAUAGUUCAUUAUCUGAGGAAAAGAUGUCACCGGAAAAUCUCAAGAUCUAACUUGGACCUUUUCAGACCUUUCUAAAACCUCGAACUCUUUCAACUGACUAUAGAACUGAUUUUCUUUCGUAUCGUCUAACCUACCUGAGCCUUAAAACAAUGGCUUCCUACAGCCCUGCCCCCACAGAGGAGCCCACUUUAGAGGGGCCGAAUGGCAACCUAAAGUCAAUGGGCUCUCAGCAGUCGAUGAAACUGAAAAAAGAAAUCUCUUUGCUCAAUGGCGUGUGUCUCAUCGUGGGAAACAUGAUCGGCUCUGGAAUCUUUGUCUCACCCAAAGGCGUAUUGAUGUACAGCGCCUCCUACGGCUUAUCUCUGGUUGUGUGGACAAUCGGUGGGGUCUUCUCUGUGUUUGGGGCACUCUGCUACGCCGAGCUUGGAACCACUAUUACUAAGUCCGGUGCCAGUUAUGCGUACAUCCUGGAAGCCUUUGGAGGUUUUCUGGCCUUCAUCCGUCUAUGGACAUCUCUCCUUAUCAUCGAGCCCACCAGCCAGGCCGUGAUCGCCAUCACCUUCUCCAACUACAUGGUGCAGCCCAUCUUCCCCACGUGUAUAGCACCCUAUGUGGCCAAUCGUCUGCUGGCUGCAGCCUGCAUCUGCUUGCUGAGUUUUGUCAACUGUGCCUAUGUCAAGUGGGGGACACGCGUUCAGGACUUCUUCACCUAUGCAAAGGUCAUCGCCCUCAUCGCCGUCAUCAUCACUGGCCUUGUCAAGAUAUCCCAGGGUUACACACAGAAUUUUGAGGGUCUGUUCACAGGUUCAUCUCAGGAUCCUGGUGACGUGGCGCUUGCGUUAUAUUCUGCUCUCUUCUCAUACUCUGGAUGGGACACUCUCAACUUUGUCACUGAAGAGAUCAAAAACCCAGAGAGAAAUCUUCCAUUGGCCAUUGCCAUCUCCAUGCCGAUUGUCACAGUGAUCUACAUCCUGACCAAUGUAGCGUACUAUACAAUCCUGCCCAUCCCUGCCAUUUUGGACAGUGAUGCUGUGGCUGUGACAUUUGCAGACCAGGUAUUUGGGUAUUUUAAUUGGACGAUACCACUCGCUGUCGCCUUCUCCUGCUUUGGAGGAUUAAAUGCAUCUAUUUUGGCUGCUUCAAGGCUGUUCUUCGUGGGCUCGAGAGAGGGCCACCUGCCAGACUACCUGUGCAUGAUUCAUGUCAACCGCUUCACCCCCAUCCCCGCCCUGCUCUUCAAUGGUGCCAUGGCUCUUGUGUAUCUGUGUGUGGAGGACAUAUUCAAACUGAUCAACUACUACAGCUUCAGCUACUGGUUCUUUGUGGGUCUGUCUAUUCUGGGACAGCUGUACCUGCGAUGGAAACAACCAGACAGGCCGCGACCACUAAAGCUCAGUCUGUUCUUCCCAAUUAUAUUCUGCCUCUGCACAGUGUUUCUUGUGGUGGUGCCUUUAUACAGUGACACUAUCAACUCAUUGAUUGGCAUCGGCAUUGCCCUUUCGGGAGUACCCGUCUACUUCCUUUGUUGCCAUCUACCUGCCUCCCGUAGGCCUAUGUGGCUCCGCAAAUUUAUUGGUAAGCCUCUUCAUAAAGAUUUAGGUGAUGAUAGAGUAAAUACUGGUCCUAAUUUUGUGGUUAAUGCAAGGUAUUCCUCAUUCAUUCUUUCUAUAACAGCAUCAUCAGGUAUAAUCAUCCAGAAGGUGUGUUUCUGUGUCCUUACCGAGAUGGACACAGAUGAUGGAAAGGCAGAGUAGAAGUGGACGGUACACGGACAAUCAAAAUAUACAAUAUCCACCUCAACUUAUCCAGUGUUUGAUGACAGAAUGGACACUCAAAAGAGAGAAACAUCUAUUUGGCUGAUGUGAAAACCUCGUUUGACACUGUAUAUAUAUAUAGACACAUUUUUGGUCACACUGUCAAAGUGUUAAUUGAAUAUACAUUUAGAUGCCUGUACAUUGAAAGUCUAGUACACAAGUUUGUUUUGCAUUUUGACAACAGGAAUUAUCACUACAAUAUGUUUUAUAAUAAUUUACUAAUUAAUAUUGGAAUAUCGAGCAGUAUUUCCAGUGUUUUCCUAUACAUACUGAAAUUUCAAAAGCAGUGUUACUCUGGUAUUGUGACAUAAAAAAUAAAGGACAAAAAUGCAUUUGCUGUGUUUGGGACAUAUAUAUAUUGUUAUAAUGUUGGUGUUGACAUUUAGUUUAUGAUUGUAUUUAUGUUCUUUGUUGACAAAUAAGUAUGGUAUAACAUAUAGUUAAAAGGUCAUUACUGAAAAAUAAACCCUUACUGGGUGAUCACCCUGAAGCAGUUUAUUUUACGUUAAGUUUCAGCUGACUGUUCAUUAUCCUGCUUUAUACCAAGCUACCCUCUGUGAUGAGAGUCAAUUAUAUUGUAUAGCAAUCAUUAUCCAAAAAUAUUUAACAGCAGAAUAAAGGCAAUAAUAUUGCUCUUUAAUGGUAAGAACACACAGCACGACACUUUUUCCAAUACACACUCUAAAACACAUUCCUUAAGUCAAUACAUA